AUGAACAAUAAAGGGGCAAAUCAAUCCUCUAAUCCUAAGGCCAAUGCUGCUGCUACUUCUUCAGGUUUGUCACAAGCAAUCCUCGAUAGUGGUGCAACUGAUCAUAUUACUUCUUCUCCAAAUUUGCUUGUCAACUGUCGUCAGAACACUGUUUUACUGCCAGUUAUUAUGCCAAGUGGAGAACAGGCUCCAAUCACAUCUACUAGAACUUUACCUUUGAACUCUAUUAUUUCUCUAAAAAAUGUGCUUGGUAUGCCAUCUUUUAAGGACUUGACGAUGAAGACGAUGAUUGGUUUGGGUAAACAACGAGGCGGACUUUAUUACUUGGUCGCAUUGGCGUCAACAACACCAAGCCCUAAAUUCAGAUCCUCUGCUACCAUUGCUAGCCAUCCAUCUUGUUCUCAUGUCACCUCCUCCACCGACUUGUGGCAUCGCCGAUUAGGGCAUCUAUCUUCCUCUAGAUUAGAUUUUAUGGCAAAAAAUUUGCUCAAUUUCCCUUUCAAAUCCAAUAAUGCUUGUGACACUCCUUUUGAAUGCCUUUAUGGCAAGGUCCCUUCCUAUUCCCAUCUUAAGGUUUUCGGGUGUCUUGAAUAUGCUACUGAUGUGCAUGUCCUUCAUAAAUUCACUCCUAGAGCCAAACGUUGUGUUUUCCUUGGUUACCCGGUCGAUCAAAAAGCUUACAAGCUCUAUGACCUUACCAAUCAUAAAUUUUUCACUAGUCAUGACAUUGUUUUUCAUGAAAACAUUUUUCCCUAUGAGUCCCUUCAAUCCAUUCCAACACCUCCAGCCCCCGUCCUUCCUCAUUUUAUGUCUAACCCUCCUGUUUCAGACUCAUUCCCCAUAACCUCCACAGCACCAUUAGAACUGGUCCAUCCCGUUACCCCAUUUGAAAUGGCCCAUCCAGAUUCUCCUUCUUCGUCUCCUGAUCCAGCCACUUCCACCUUUGAUCAGCCCAUUGCUGCCAACGUCGUUCAGCCCCCUCCCGUACCGGUUUUAGGACGUUCUCAACGCCAUCACAGUCCUCCACGUGCUUUACGUGAUUACGUUUGCAACCAAGUGACAUCUCCCAAACCAUCGCUGCCUUCGUCAUCUGGUUCCACCAAACGUACGAGGUAUCCUCUUUGUAACUUUCUCUCUUACCAUCGUUACUCACCACAACAUCAUUCUUUUGUUGCUACUAUUAGUCAGGAUGUUGAGCCCAGCUCUUAUACAGAAGCUGCUUCCCAUUCACACUGGAAGGACGCGAUGCAAUUUGAAUUGGAAGCUUUAGAAGCAAAUCACACUUGGUCUCUCACUCCUCUCCCUCCUGGCAAGAAACCCAUUGGAUGUCACUGGGUUUAUAAAAUCAAAAGCCACUCAGAUGGCACCAUAGAGCGUUAUAAAGCUCGUUUGGUGGCCAAGGGUUACACACAGUUGGAAGAUAUCGAUUAUCAUGACACUUUUUCUCCCACUACUAAAAUGAGUAUUGUUCAUUGUUUAUUGGCUCUGGCAACUGCUCAGGAUUGGUCCCUUCACCAAUUAGAUGUCAACAACGCUUUCCUUCAUGGUGAUCUCCAUGAAGAAAUUUAUAUGUCUCCACCUCCUGGUCUUCAGCGACAGGGGGAGAACUUGGUGUAUCACCUCAACAAGUCGUUGUAUGGUUUAAAGCAAGCUUCUCGUCAAUGGGUAUUUUAG